AUGGGCGAGUACCACAAGGGCGGCGGUGGCGGAGGUUCAGGGAGCCCAUGGAUGACGGCUCACUACGGUCACAGCGGGUGUAAUAGCACGACUCCGUACGACUUCUACCCGAUGACUGACGACGACCGGGUGUGCCUCGAACAGCGCCAUUACUGGUGCUUCUUGCUGUCGUCGAUCGUCACCUUCUGCCUGUCGAUGCUGACCGUUGUCAGCUUCCGCAUCGUCACAUGUUCGUGCUUCCCUUCAGCUGACUCCAGCCAUCACCUGCGCGAUGGCUUACUGGUUGACGAACUGACUUGCCUGAACGAUCCGGACGCUCUUGAGGACAUAGUAGAGCCGGAUUCGGACGCCGAUCCGGAUCCCGAUAUGAAGAGCUCCACCAGCAAGAUUGGUUGGAUGACUGAAGCCAAGGACUGGGCCGGUGAACUCAUCUCUGGCCAGAGUACCACUGGACGGAUUCUGGUGAGCAAGCAAUAUUCAUGCUUCGUAUUAUCGUGA